AUCUUCGUGUGAAUCUCCUAGGAAAAAAUAAUAUAAAAUUACUUUACAUCUUUUAAUCUUCGUAUAUAUCCUUUUAUCCUGCUUAGGGCAUAAUCAGCCAGUCCAAAGGAAGAAAAAGAGGAGAGAAAGACAAUGUCUUCUUCUCCCUUGCUCGGCAACAUUGAAAAAGAAGAUAAGGACAACAGAUGCCAUGGAUGGCUUUCAAGGUUUCUGGAUGUGGAAGAAGCUAAGGUUCAGAUUGGCUUCUCGGUGCCCAUGAUUCUUGCCAACAUGUCUUACUACGGUAUUCCUCUGGUCUCCGUCAUGUUCGCCGGCCAUCUCGGCGACAUAGAGCUCGCCGGCGCCACCCUCGGCAACUCCUGGUUCACUGUCACAGGAAUCGCCCUCAUGGUCGGUCUAAGUGGAGCCCUUGAGACACUCUGCGGCCAAGCAUUUGGCGCAAGAUCGUACAGCACAUUAGGAAUAUACCUACAGUCAUCAGCCCUAAUAUCCACCAUCUUUUCAGUUCUUGUAUCCAUCUUAUGGUACUACACAGAACCUGUGCUGAUUCUUCUGCAACAAGAACCUCAAGUGGCGAAGUUGGCAGCUCUCUAUGUGAAAUACUUGAUUCCCGGCCUCUUUGCCUACGGAUUAAUUCAAUGUCUUCUGAGAUUCUGCCAAACACAGUCAGUGGUGAUGCCUCUGGUUCUGUUUUCUGCUGCUCCGCUGAUCCUUCAUGCAGGCCUUACUUACUUUCUGACUAAAGUUGCUGGUUUUGGAUUCAUGGGAACUUCUCUUUCUGCUUCUAUUUCUCUGUGGGUAUCGUUCCUUAUGUUGGCCGUUUAUGUCAAGUUUUCGAGCAAGUUUAAGUUCACUUGGGGUGGUGGGCUUUCGGUGGAAGCAUUUCAGCAUGUUAUGCCAAGCCUUAAGCUGGCUAUUCCUUCUGCUGUAAUGGUUUGUUUUGAAUAUUGGGUUUUUGAGUUUCUGGUGCUGCUUGCUGGAACCAUGCCAAACUCAGAAAAAAGCACUUCACUCAUUGCAAUGUGUGUAAACACAGAGUCCAUCACCUACAUGAUCACAUACGGAUUUAGUGCAGCUGUAAGUACUCGGGUUUCAAAUGAGAUUGGAUCUGGAAACAUAAAGGGCGCGAAGAAUGCAGUGGUGGUGACUUUAAAGCUUUCAAUAUUUCUCGCCGCAGCGGUGGUUCUGUUAUUGAACUUAGGCCGUGAUCUCUGGGCGAGCUUCUUUAGUACAAAUAGUGAGAUCAUUAAGCAGUUUGGUUACUUGACACCACUGCUUACCAUGUCUAUAUUGUUUGAUUCUGCACAAGGAGUUCUAUCAGGAGUUGCAAGAGGAUGUGGUUGGCAGUACUUAGCAGCUUGGACCAAUUUAGUGGCCUUUUACUUGAUUGGCUUGCCAUUGGCUUUUCUAUUUGGUUUCAAAAUGAAAUUAUAUGGCAAGGGGUUAUGGAUAGGAUUGAUCUGUGGGCUAUUUUUUCAAGCCACGACACUUCUGGUGAUGACUCUUCGCACGAAAUGGGCAACAUGGGAAUUCUCUGUGAAAAACAAAGAGGGCAAUGUGAUUGUCUAACUGAAAUUCCUGUAACAUUUCUUGAAGCUAACGAAAUCUGAGCUUGAGGAUGCUUAUAGACUAUUAUUUUGAACCACAAAUGCAAUUAUUCCUUUUCAUAAUUUGUUAGUAAGAGUUUGUCAUA